UCUCUCACUCUGCAACUUAAAAUUAAAAACAAAAAAAAAGAAGUAAUAAAUUUUGCAAUAAACCCUUCAAGACAAAAUUAGCUUUUUGUUUUUCUUUUCUUUGUUUUUCUUUUAUUUUAUUUUUAUUUUGUAAUUUGUAUUCCUCGUAAAACCCAUGAGUUGAGUGACCCCUUUGGUUCCUCCUCUUCUUUGCUUUUAAUCCUCCCCAAGAAGAAGAAGAAGAAAAAAAUAAAUAAAAAUGCCUUCUUUUGCCUUUGGAUCUCAUCACCAUCUGUCGAAUCCUAGAGACUCGCCCUACUCCGUCGAAAUUAGCCCCGACGGUGGCUCCUCAGACUUGGAUUCUUUGUCUGAGGUCGAUUUAGAGAGCGGCUGUGUUCCGGCGCCGGAGAAAAAGCUGCAUUCCGGUGGUAAGAAGAAGAGGACAAGGAGGAGAAAGAGGAAAAAGAAGAAGAAGAAGAAGAAGAAAAGUGGUAGAGAUUGCAGGAUCUGUCAUCUUCCUUUAGAGAUUAAUCAAGAAGCUGAAGAAGAUGAAGAAGUUGAAGAUACUGAUGAUGAUUCUGAUGAAGAUGGAGAAGACGAAGACGAAGAAGAAGAGUAUUAUGGUUUGCCUUUGCAAUUAGGUUGCUCUUGUAAAGGUGAUUUGGGUGUAGCUCAUAGUAAGUGUGCUGAGACUUGGUUCAAGAUCAAAGGAAACAUGACAUGUGAGAUAUGCGGGGCAAUGGCUCUAAACGUGGCUGGCGAACAGUCGAACCCAGAGAGUACUGCCUCUGCCCAUUCACAAGCAGCUGCAGGACAACCUCAGACUCAGACAGAGCCACGGGGAAUCUGGCAUGGUCGUCCUGUUAUGAACUUCUUACUUGCCGCUAUGGUCUUUGCCUUCAUU